GUGACGAUAUGCUUCUGUUUACAAAGAAGAUUCAGCUUGUUCAAAUGUUCAUCUUUGCACAAGCAACCUCACUGAGGAUGUACAGAAAAGCAGUGACCAUUCUUCGUCUAAUUUCUUGGGUCAAAAUUGUUCUCAAAUACAAGGUUCUCUAAACCAAAAUAAGACUGUGUGCUAAAGACAUGGGGGACUCCAACAUUAGCCACGUGGUUGCAGCUUAUACAGAGACGCAGGAGAGUCUCCCAGCAGGCAAGCUGGAUCACUAUAUGGACAACUAUGAAAUGGACUACGGCAUCCCUCCUGAUGAGAUCCCAGACACCACCCAGGGCCAGGCCUUCUUCGUGGCCACCAUCGUCAUUGGCAUGGUCCUGGUCUGCAUCAUGCUUGUCUGUGGGUUGGGAAACUUCAUAUUCAUCGCCACAUUGAUGCGCUACAAAAAGCUCCGCAACCUCACCAACCUGCUCAUCGCUAACCUGGCCAUCUCAGACUUCAUUGUGGCAGUGGUGUGCUGCCCGUUCCUGGUGGACUACUAUGUGGUGAGACAGCUUUCCUGGAAUCAUGGAUGGGUUCUGUGUGCUUCUGUCAACUAUCUCCGGACUGUGUCACUCUAUGUGUCCACGAACGCCCUGCUGGCCAUUGCAGUUGACAGGUACAUGGCUAUUGUCCAUCCUCUCAGGCCUCGUAUGAAGUACCAAACCGCCUACUGCCUGAUAACGGGGGUCUGGAUUGUUCCCAUUCUGAUAUCAAUUCCCUCUGCCUACUUUGCCUCUGAGACCAUGUACCCUCAUGGUGGCACCACCCCGACCACUCACAAAGUCUUCUGUGCCCAGAUCUGGCCUGUGGACCAGCAGGCCUACUACCGAUCCUACUUCUUGUUUGUUUUCGCGGUGGAGUUUGUCGGGCCUGUGAUCGUCAUGGCAAUGUGUUACGCCCGAAUUUCACGCGAGCUCUGGUUCAAGAAUGUCCCGGGUUUCCAGACAGAGCAGAUUAGGAAGAGGCUGCGUUGUCGCCGCAAGACGGUGAUGGUCCUGAUCGGGAUCUUGACAGCGUACAUCUUGUGCUGGGCACCAUAUUACGGCUUCACCAUCCUGCGAGACUUCCAUCCAACGCUUAUUUCCCGACAGAGGAACUCCCUGGUGGCUUUCUACAUCAUCGAGUGCAUUGCCAUGAGCAACAGCAUGAUCAACACCUUCUGUUUUGUCAGCGUCAAGAACAACACAGUUAAGCACCUGAAGAAGAUUGUACUGCUGCGCUGGAGGUCAACGUAUGCCCCCAGUAAGACUGUGGAUGAGACAGAUAUGAGGACAUCCUCCAUGCCUGUAACAGAAGAAAUUGAAUGUAUCCACCUGAGGUGAAGAGAAGAAAAAUCUGUAAUCAGUCAUUGAGAUUUGGACUGUUGAUAUACAGAAACUCUCAUGUUUAAAUCACAUUUUGGAAAGAUUUCAAGCAUCAUGAAGCACAAGGAAAGGUCAAACCUUAACAGUUUGCUGA